AUGACGACAAUUCAGAAAAAAAUCAUAGUUGUUGGUGAUAGUUCAGUAGGCAAAACAUCAGUAAUCCAUAGGUAUGUCAAAGGUGAAUUCGACAGUACAAUUAUCGCUACAAUUGGAAUUGAUUAUCGUGCAAAAGACAUCGAAAUAAAUGGCCAGAAAAUCAAACUCCAGAUAUGGGAUACCAUUGGACAAGAAAAAUAUCGCUCUCUCGCUCCUCAAUAUUUUAGAAGAGCAGAUGGCGUUAUUUUAUUUUAUGAUACAACAGUCAAGACAUCAUUUACUCAUUUGCAAAACUGGUUAGACUCGAUAAUAAACAACGCUCAGUCUUCGAUUCCAGUCAUAUUAGUUGGAAAUAAAGUAGAUCUUCCUGAAGUUGUACCAAAAGAGCAUGCAAUAGACUUUGCUCGUGAUAAAAAGUUGGAACUUUUCUUUUGCUCAGCUAAAUCAGGCGAUAAUAUUGAUCAAAUCUUUAACAGAAUUGCAGAACUUACACUUCAACAUACUGUUGAGCAAGAUCAGCCUCAAAACGUUGUUACAGUCAAAGAAACUACACCAGAAGAUAAGAAGAAUGGCUGCCAUUGCUGA